GGAUCUGGUUUUGGGGUGUUUUGAACUUCUGGGAAGGUCUAGUUGCAUGUGGGGGUUAGGAAAUGCCUAAUGUUUUAUUUAUUAAAUUAAAAGUUUAGGACUUUUUCAUGGUUAUAGUCCUCCUCAGUUCAAAACACCAGGUUAGUAUAAUAUAUUGGGUCAAUCAAAGCUCAUUUUGGCUUAGAAUGGUGGUUUAUUGGAUUUUUAUUAUAUUUUGUUUGUUUAUUUAGUGUUUAAGGAAAAUUAAAGAUGCCAUCUUUAUUUCAAAGUUUGAGUCUUUGAGACUUUUCAGUUCAGAUUUGGUUUAAUUCAUAGACCCAGUUGAUGCCUCUCUCUCUCUCUCCUCCUCAGUUUCCACUAUAAUUUAUUUGUUGAGGUCGACACAAGUUUCAGAUGAUUCUUUCUCGCUAGAUUUCUCUCUCCUCAUAACAGUUGGUUUGACGGGGAGAGGAGGGAGGUGUAUUAUUUGCGUGUUAAAUUAAAUUAGUGAAAUUUUCUUGGAGAAAAUGAUGUUGCAGCAAUGGAGAGAUAAUGGCUUAAACCACGGAAGUUUGGCCCAAUUCGGCUUCAUUUACUGUAUUGAAGCAGCAAGGAAUUGGUUCAGUCUCAGUGAUUUGCUGUAAUUUAUGAUGUCAGUCUCGGAGAAAUCUCGGCCGAGCUCGUCUGCUUCUUCUUCAUCUUCAGUUUCAGUCAAUGAGUUUGAUCCAUUGCUGAAAGAUUUGAAUGAGAAAAAGCAAAGUUUUCGCCGGAACGUGGUGUCGUUGGCGUCGGAGCUGAAGCAGGUUCGGAGCCGCUUAGCUUCUCAAGAGCAAUCAUAUGUUAAAGAAACUCUCACAAGACAGGAAGUAGAGACAAAAGCUAAAAACAUGGAAGAGGAGAUUGGUAGAUUGCAGAAGAGAUUGGAACAAAGAAAUGUGCAGCUUGACGCUUCCACAUCUAAAACUGAAAAGUGCCUCACAGAGUUGGAUGGUCUGAGAUCACAACUUGCAGCCACUCAAGCAACUGCAGAUACUAGUGCUGCAUCAGCUCAAUCGGCACAGCUCCAAUGUCUAGCACUUGUAAAGGAAAUAGAUCAAAAGAAUUGUUCCUUGAAAGAGCAAGAUGAACGUAUAAUUAGGCUAGGAGAGCAAUUAGACAAACUACAGAAGGAUCUUCAGGCAAGAGAGUCUUCGCAAAAGCAACUGAAAGAUGAUGUUCUGAGAAUUGAGCAGGACAUUAUGCAAGCUGUUGCACAAGUGGGGGUGAACAAGGAUUGUGAGCUGAGGAAAAUAUUAGAUGAAGUUUCUCCAAAGAAUAUUGAGAGGCUUAAUAAUCUUUUAGUUAUAAAGGAUGAAGAAAUAGGAAAACUGAAAGAUGAAAUCAGGAUAAUGUCCGCUCACUGGACGCUCAAAACUAAGGAGUUAGAAUCACAGUUGGAGAGACAACGGCGAGCUGAUCAGGAACUGAAAAAGAGGGUAUUGAAAUUGGAGUUCUGCCUUCAGGAAGCUCGAGCUCAAACAAGAAAGCUUCAAAGGAUGGGGGAGCGAAGAGACAAAGCUCUGAAAGAGCUCAGAGACCAGUUACAACAACGGGGUGCGAGUGGAGCUUCAUCUGCUGAAAGACCAAACUUUUGGGAAACCUCUGGUUUCAAAAUCGUGGUUUCCAUGUCGAUGUUUGUCUUGGUUGUCUUCUCAAAGCGAUGAAAUAGUUGCUGUAUAACUGCUCUGUAUAAAAAGUAUGAAACCUUAGUUUUAGUCGAGGAAUUAGGAAUAGCUGCAGAGGGCAUUUUGCUUGUAGAACUGCAAAUGCACAUUGUAGAGCUUCUCCUUAUGUAUCAGUAGCAGAGACUCAUUUUUUUUUCUCCCGUUGAACCACAUUGUUAGCGUAUGUAUGGAUAUUGAAUCUGUGUAUGGCAUUGUGGCCUCUACAUUGAACUCUGCAAUAUAGUAGCAAGUUUCAUGUUGAUA